GCCGCUUUUCACUAGAGUGUUUGCGUCUGUGUCCAGUUCACGUCCAUCGAGUCUUAUAUUUGCUGCAAAAUUCUACGCAAGAGUAAACUUUACCACCGGAGUGAAGAUGUCAUCUGGAGCUCUGUUUCCCAGUCUGGUGUCCGGCUCCCGCAGCUCAUCCAGUAAAUAUCUGGUUGAGUUUCGGGCCGGUAAAAUGACGCUGAAGGGCAGCACUGUGACCCCAGAUAAGCGCAAGGGCACCGUCUACAUCCAGCAGACAGAUGACUCGCUCAUCCACUUCUGCUGGAAAGACAGAACCUCCGGAAACGUGGAGGAUGAUCUGAUCAUAUUUCCAGACGACUGCGAGUUUAAGAAAGUGAGCCAGUGCACUACUGGACGUGUUUUUGUGUUGAAGUUCAAGGCUGGAUCUAAAAGGCUCUUCUUUUGGAUGCAGGAGCCCAAAACAGACAAAGAUGAGGAAUACUGUCGUAAGGCUAACGAGUACCUGAAUAACCCACCUAUUCCAGGUGCUCUGGGUAGUGGAGGGGGUAGCAGUCAUGAGCUGUCUGCGCUUGGCGAAGGUGGCCUGCAAAAUCUCUUGGGCAAUAUGAGCCACAACCAACUUAUGCAGCUUAUUGGACCAACAGGACUGGGUGGACUCGGGGGGCUUGGUGCUCUGGCCGGUCCAGGUCUGGCUAGCCUGUUAGGCAGCGGAGGUCCUGCUACCAGCAGCUCCACCUCUAGCUCUCGUAGCCAAUCAGCAGCCGCCACUCCCUCUUCUGGAUCUGCUGCUCGGAUUAGCUCCACUCAAGCACCCACCACACCGGUAACCCCUGCUGCUACCUCCACCGGCUCUCCUACGGUGACCCCCACCACCCCUGCGGCCCAGACUCCCUCCAUCCCUGCAGCUGCCUCUUCAAGCACACAGCCCAUCCAGCUGAGUGACCUCCAGAGCAUUCUAGCCACCAUGAAUGUGCCGGCCAUUGGUGCCGAGGGUCAAGGAGUGGACCUGGCGAGCGUGUUGACUCCUGAUGUCAUGGCUCCUAUUCUGGCCAAUUCUGAAGUCCAGCAGAGACUGUUGCCGUACCUCCCCUCAGGAGAGUCACUGCCACAGAGUGCAGAAGAGAUCCAGAACACGCUGACCUCUCCACAGUUUCAACAGUCAAUGAGUAUGUUCAGCAGUGCACUGGCCUCUGGGCAGCUCGGUCCUCUCAUGAAUCAGUUUGGGCUGCCGUCUGAAGCGGUGGACGCUGCUAAUAAAGGAGAUGUGGAGGCGUUUGCCAAGGCAAUGGAGGGCAGUGAUACGAAAACAGAUGAUAAUGGGGAUUCAAAAGACAAAAAGGAUGAUGAUGAGGACAUGAGUUUAGAUUAAAAUCACCUUCCAGAAGACCUUCGCUACGAUAUUAAUCGUCACUAACAUUGUAGUAUGAAAUGUUUGCCUGUAAUCAGAUACAAUUAGUGUUUUGUAUGUCUAAAAUCACAAUAUUAAAUAACUGAUAAUGACA